UACUCAAUGGAGCCGCGGGGGGCUCAGGCGGACGCCGCGCGGCCGCGGCGUUGGCGGUGAGCCGGGAGAGGGGCGCCUUUUCCUCCCUUCCUCUCUCUCGCUGCGGCCGCUCCUGAGGAACCGGGCGAGAGGCCGCUGCGCGGGUCGCAGGGCCCGCAGCCCCGAGGACGGCCAGACUGGGCGGCCCCGCGGCGCCGUCACGUCCCGGAGGAGCGGGAACGCGGCCGAGGCGGCCGGACGCGGAGGAGGCCGGCGGCCUUCGGGAACGGGCACUUGCCGCUGCGGCCCUUCGCCCUGGGCUUUGCAAGUUCUUGAUUUUUUAAUCGCGGGCGGCUAACAGAUCCUCGCCAGCACUUCUUUUUUGCCCCCGGGAGAGGAGGGGGAGUGGGAGGAAAGGAGCGAAGAAAAUAAAAAAGGAUUUCCUCCCGGAAGAGAGCGACCGUUCGGAGAGAUUUUUCUGAAGGAAGCAGAAGCGGCGUUUGCAGCCGCCACGGGCGCCGGGCCUCGCCGGCCCGACCAUGCGCGAGCCGGCCUCGGGCUGCUGAGGCGGGGGACGCGGAAGCGGAGGCCGAGCGCGCCGGGUCCGGAGCGAGUUCUGCCUGCCGGGCGGCGGCGGCGGCGGCGGGAUGGAGCCCGCGACCGCGCCCCGGCCCGACAUGGCGCCGGAGCUGACCCUGGAGGAGGAGCAGGCCACCAAGCAGUUUCUUGAAGAGAUUAACAAGUGGACAGUGCAGUACAAUGUUUCUCCGCUCUCUUGGAACGUGGCUGUCAAGUUCCUCAUGGCCAGGAAGUUUGAUGUGCUCCGCGCCGUAGAGUUAUUCCACUCCUACAGAGAAACUCGAAGGAAGGAAGGCAUUGUGAAGCUGAAACCUCAUGAGGAACCUCUCCGUUCUGAGAUCCUCAGUGGAAAAUUCACCAUCUUAAAUGUUCGGGACCCAACAGGAGCCUCCAUUGCCCUCUUUACCGCCAGAUUGCAUCAUCCUCACAAGUCAGUUCAACACGUGGUACUUCAGGCUCUGUUUUACUUGCUGGACAGAGCUGUGGAUAGCUUUGAAACUCAGAGGAAUGGACUGGUGUUUAUCUAUGACAUGUGCGGUUCUAAUUAUGCCAACUUUGAGCUGGAUCUUGGAAAGAAAGUUCUAAACCUGCUGAAGGGAGCAUUUCCAGCUCGUUUGAAGAAGGUGCUGAUUGUGGGAGCACCCAUAUGGUUCAGAGUGCCCUAUUCCAUCAUCAGCCUCCUCCUGAAGGACAAAGUCCGGGAGAGGAUUCAGAUAUUAAAGACAUCUGAGGUCACCCAGCACCUGCCCAGGGAGUGCCUUCCAGAAAACCUGGGUGGAUAUGUCAAAAUUGACCUCGCCACUUGGAAUUUCCAGUUCCUACCCCAGGUGAACGGCCACCCAGAUCCCUUCGAUGAGAUCAUCCAGUUCUCCCUCCCUCCUGCCUUAGACGGGGACUCGGUACAUGUUCCAGGUCCCCAUGCUAUGACCAUCCAAGAGUUGGUGGACUAUGUUAACACCAGGCAAAAGCAGGGAAUAUAUGAGGAGUAUGAAGACAUCCGUCGUGAGAACCCCGUUGGCACUUUCCAUUGUUCCAUGUCUCCAGGAAACCUAGAGAAGAACCGUUACGGGGAUGUACCCUGCCUGGACCAAACUAGGGUGAAGCUGACAAAGCGAAGUGGCCAUACUCAGACAGAUUACAUCAAUGCCAGUUUCAUGGAUGGCUAUAAGCAGAAGAAUGCUUACAUUGGUACACAAGGCCCUUUGGAGAAUACCUAUCGUGAUUUCUGGCUCAUGGUAUGGGAGCAAAAAGUCUUGGUGAUUGUCAUGACCACCCGUGUUUAUGCCAGUUCUGUGAGAAGUCCCACGAGGUAUCAGGAAAGAGACCAAAUGAUGUACUUUGAGGAAGGCGGCAGGAGAAAGUGUGGCCAGUACUGGCCUUUAGAAAAAGACUCUCGGGUCCGAUUUGGCUUCCUCACAGUGACCAAUCUAGGUGUGGAGAACAUGAACCAUUAUAAGAAAACAACGCUAGAAAUUCUCAACACAGAGGAGCGGCAGAAACGCCAGGUGACCCACUUCCAGUUCCUGAGCUGGCCAGAUUAUGGCGUCCCUUCCUCAGCAGCUUCCCUCAUUGACUUUUUGAGAGUGGUCAGACACCAGCAGAGUCUGGCUGUGAGCAGCAUGGGAGGACGUUCCAAAGGGCAGUGCCCUGAGCCACCCAUCGUGGUCCACUGCAGCGCAGGCAUCGGCAGGACAGGUACCUUCUGCUCACUGGACAUCUGCCUGGCACAGCUGGAGGAGCUUGGCACCCUUAAUGUGUUCCAGACGGUGUCACGAAUGAGAACCCAGAGGGCCUUCAGCAUCCAGACCCCUGAGCAGUACUAUUUUUGCUACAAGGCCAUCCUGGAGUUCGCAGAGAAGGAGGGCAUGGUGUCCUCUGGCCGCAACCUGCUGGCCAUGGAGGGUCAGUAACUCUCCCACGAGCCUCCUACCUGCUGGCCAGCCUUCCUUAAACUAUCCUGGACACCACUGGGCCUAUAGGUUGCCAACAGUUAUGCUGAAGCCAUGGAUCAACCUUUCUCUUAUCUCCUGGCACACGUGUACACGCAAGGCAGCCUUCCCUUUGGCUAGAUAAAUGUGGUGAAAUUGCCACUAGAAAGGGCCAGCAGCAAUGUGUUCUGAAUUCCUAGCACCUGCUAUCAAACUGUGCCUUAUUAAAACCAAAUUGUGGCUGUUGAUUUUUGCCAGGGGCCCCGAGGUAAGUGGGGAAGGAACCUCCCUCCCACUUUCCCAGUGCCAUUCUCCUUCUGGAGGUUUCCUCUUUCCCACUCCUUCCCUUUGCCAGGAUUUUAUGGGAAGGUUUGGUGAGCAUUCACCUUCCUCCCCAAGAGCUUGAUUGACCAAGUUACAUAUUCUACAGAUCGUCCUGAGUGCCAAGCACGUUUAUGCACAGGGCGUGUAUUCCAGUCUUUUCUGUCAUUCUGUGUGUGUGCGUGUAUGUAUGUGCACUUAUGUGUAUGGGUCCAUAUGUACGUGUGUAUAUAAUAUAUAUUGUAUGUGAUAAUAUGAUUGUAUUCUAUAAAUACAUAUACACAC